AUGAGUGAGAAGUGUAAAAAGAUACCCAGAAAAGGCUAAUGCUAGCUUCAUAACUGAUAUGUCACAUCACAUCAAAAAAGUCGUUAAAGUAAAUGGGCACUUGAAGUGUGAAAAACAGAAGAAUGGCCAAAUCUCUGUUAGAAAUACUGUGAUGUGUGAACGCUGAAUAUUCAACAUGAGAAUGUGGAUGUCUUCAUCAAUAGUACUUUUGCAGUUGUUAUGGUUAUCUGGAGUAAGCGGUGUCAAAUUUGGUAUAAUAUUCGACCAUGACUCAGUAGAUGCGAUUCCAGUCUUCAAUAAAUAUCAUUCACCGAGAAGUUUUACAUUCAUCAACAGGACAACGGACCUAUCGGACAGUUUCGCCGUCAGCAACGAAAUCUGCUCUCAACUAGAAGAAGACGUCAUUGGAAUAAUAGGUGUUUGUGGGAAGUGUGCCCUAGCCACAAUUCAGUCGUACAGCGACACCUUCGAAGUGCCAUUCUUUCUUAUCACUGGCGCGCCAAUUCCCGAAGACGUCACAAGAUUUUCUUACCAAUUCUAUUUAACUCCCGUGUUUAUUCAAGGACUUCUCGACAUCGUCAUUCAGAAACAAUGGCAGAGAGUGUUUUAUAUAUAUGAUACAGAUGAAGGUUUACUGAGGCUUCAACAAAUACUUAACAUAAUAAAUGCCCAGAAAGAGCCAAAACUGGAUAUCAUAUUCCUGAGAAUUUCUGAUGCUGAGGAAUGUAAAAAGAAGAUCGUUCCGUUCUACCAGCAUGAUGAAUCAGACUUGAGGCUUUUACUUGACCUACCAAUAACGGAAAUAGAAACAACAAUAAAGUUACUUGAAAAGACUGCCCUAAUAAAGAUGAAUCGUUUUCAUUUUCUUCUGACAAGAUUGGGGAUUUCUCAACUGAAUGAAUCUGUUCUUUCAAAUGGAGCGAAUUUUACGGGUUUGCAUAUAUGGCCAAAGAAUGUGUUGAUGGAAAAGGAAUGGAUGAAAACAUUUAACACUACUAAUAUAAAACCAACACAUGCCUUACUGAGAGAUGCCAUCGCUUUUUUCAAUGCUACAUAUAAAGAAUCAUAUGUCAGAUUUCGCCCUAAGCACAAAAAGGACCAGAAACUCUCAUGUCGUCACAAUAAUAAGACGGUUACUCUAACGAGAAAUAGGGGUGUAUUUACAAAGGAACUCAGAAAGGUAUCAAUCAACGGCCUAAGUGGAACUUUAAAUUUUAAUGAAUUCGGAGAAAGAGACAGAUUUGAACUCCAACUGAUGGAAGCAACACAAGGAAGCGACCUUUCAAAAGAUGGGGAAUGGAGCCCAUACCCAGUUAAGGGACGUCAUUUACGAAUUCACACAUCUGAACAUACCAGACUACCAAAUCGAAAACCUGAUAUCUUACGCAACCUAAAAAUUAGUAUUACCACGAUAGAGGAGGGUCCUUACGUGAUAGUAAAACCUGAAUAUCUAGACGAGGUACAGAGACUUCGGGAGAAUGGGUCACGUGUUUGUGGAAAGCACUUCUUUCAGGGAUUCUGUAUUGACCUCGCCGAAAAGGUGGCUGAAAAAAUCAACAUGACAUACGACAUCUGUCUCGUGAAAGACGGACAAUAUGGAAAAGAAUUGGCUGAUAAGUCCUGGGAUGGUGUCAUUGGAGAACUCUUAAAUCAAGAGGCUGAUGUGGCAGUUGCCCCAGUAACAAUCACAUCAGACAGAGAAAAAGUGGUUGACUUUACAAAACCAUUUUUAAGUCUUGGAAUUAGCAUAAUGAUAAAAAAGCCUCCUGAUAAGGGUUCUCAUAUUUUCUCGUUCAUGGAACCCCUUUCGUCCGAGAUCUGGAUGUGUAUUUUAUUCGCCUACGUUGGGGUAAGUGUGGUGUUAUUCCUUGUCAGUCGAUUCAGCCCAGCGGAAUGGAAGGUAGAUGAAACCAACAUCACAAAUGACUUUACUAUUUCAAAUAGUUUGUGGUAUGCACUUGGUGCAUUUAUGCAGCAAGGAUGUGAUAUUUCCCCUUCAGCAGUUUCUGGGAGAAUUGUUGGGAGUGUAUGGUGGUUCUUUACGUUGAUCAUCAUUUCUUCUUACACUGCAAACCUCGCAGCCUUCCUCACUGUAGACAGAAUGAAUACACCAAUAAAUUCUGUGGAAGAUUUGGCCAAGCAAACGAAAAUCCAAUAUGGCUGUCUUGACGGAGGUGCAACAUACAGCUUCUUUAAUAAAUCAAAAUUUGCAUUGUAUGAGAGAAUGUUUGCCUAUAUGAACUCUGUACCAGAUGUUUUCGUGAAAAGUACAGCACUUGGUAUACAGAAAGUAAGAGAUUCGAAUGGACUGUAUGCAUUCCUGCUAGAAUCAACUACCAACGAGUAUACAAAUUUGCGGCUGCCUUGUGACACUAUGAAAAUCGGCUCUAACCUCGAUUCAAAGGGUUACGGGAUUGCUACGCCUCCUAGUUCCAUUUUAAGGGACACGUUGACUCUGGCAGUACUGGCUUUACGAGAAUCUGGUGAACUGGCUCAGAUCAAAAAGCAUUGGUUUGAUGACAUGUCACAGUGCCCCGAAGAAGGACCGAAUGAUGGGUCCCAGGCAUCCUUAACCCUAAAAAAUGUUGCUGGAAUUUUCUACAUUUUGUCAUGUGGCCUCAUUUUGUCUGUUGUCGUGGCUGGCAUUGAGUUUUUAUACAAGACUAUCCUCGAUUCCAGAAAAUCUAAGACUUCGUUUGGUUCCAUGCUCAUGUGCAAAGCACGUCUCUCUUUCCGUGGUUCGAUUGACAGCAGUUCUGGUCAAACUACUCCUCUCAAGAAAAACGCCCCUUCAUACACCUAUCCUGGGCCUUCGCAACAUCCGGGCUUUGAUCCAUACAAUGAUCUCCAAACCCACACCCAAGUGUGAUUUCUGCAGAAAAAUCGAAUAUUUUUAUACUCAUAUGUACAAUACGAAGGAAUAGAUAUUUUUCUGUUAUUAUCUAUUUAGAAUGCAAUAUGCACAUACAAUUAACUUUGUAUAUAUAUUGUUCAUAUGUAUGAUAGGAAGGAAUAGAUAUUUUUUCUGUUAUUAUUGAUUUAGAAUGCAAUAUGCACAUACAUGUAACUUUGUUAGAUUGCAAUGGAAUUUACUUGUACAUGCAUAUAACUUUCUUUGAUAAAAAAAGAAUUUACUUAUACUUCAGGAAGUGUUUUAUAAAUGUUAUGAAAAUAUUGAUAAGGCAAAUAUAUAUAGUUAAAAUAAUAUGUGUGCUUUACU